AUGUUUUUUGAUUGUACUGGCUUAUUAGCUGGUCUUGCAGCAUCUGUCAUUACGAGAUGGAGAGCUAAUGAUAAGUUUUCUUAUGGUUACGUGCGAGCAGAAGUUCUGGCAGGCUUUGUAAAUGGUCUCUUCUUGCUCUUUAUUGCUUUUUUUAUAAUGUCAGAAGCAGUGGAAAGAGCAAUAGAACCUCCAGAAGUGAAACAUGAGAGGUUGUUUUUAGUGUCUGUUUUAGGUCUGAUUGUGAAUUUGGUUGGUAUUUAUGCAUUUCAGCAUGGUCAUGGACAUUCACAUGGGGGAGGUGGAGGUCAUGGUCAUUCUCAUGGUGGACACACUCAUUCACAUUCGCAUUCCCAUGGAGAUCAUUCACACAGUCAUUCUUCCGGCGAUUUUAGUGGUAGCAAUUCUCAAAUCAUGAAAGGUGUAUUUUUGCAUAUUCUUGCAGACACUCUUGGGAGUGUUGGAGUAAUCAUAUCUGCAGUAUUGAUGCAAGCAUUUGGUUGGAUGAUAGCGGAUCCUAUUUGUUCAAUGUUUAUUGCCAUUUUGAUAGCUCUCAGUGUGUUGGCUCUUAUUAAAGAUUCAGUAUUUAUAUUAAUGCAACGGCAACCUACAGCAUUAGAUACUGUGCUUCCUCAAUGUUAUCAAAAAGUUAUGCAGUUGGCUGGAGUAUAUAGUGUACAAGAACCCCAUUUCUGGACAUUGUGUAGUGAUGUGUAUGUUGGUGCACUUAAAUUGGAAGUGUCAAAAGCAGCAGAUCCAAAAUAUGUUGUCAGUCAUACACACAUGAUAUUUGCUUCCGUUGGUGUGAAACAGCUGUACGUACAGUUAGAUUAUGCACCCAUGUGA